ACCACCCUCUUUUGUCUAAAAAAAUUCCGUCCGAAAGCCCGUAAUAAGCACCUGCUCACCAGCCCCCUUCGCCUGACCUUUCCCCUCGACAACUCUUGCCGUCCUCCACCAUGGCUCGCUUUUCGUUUUCCCUUCUAGCUGUGCUGUUGUCCGCAUCAUCGGCCCUUGCUAGUUCAAAUCAUCCUAUACGCCAUGAAGUCCACAGCAAGCUGGCGCACGUACACGCGUCCGAAAACCUGACUGACCGCUCCGUCGCAAGUCAGAAGGAUUGGAAGCUGCACAAGCGCUUCGAUAACGCGCGUUUCACGAACUACGAAGCUGGUCUGGGUGCGUGUGGUAACACGAAUGGCGAUGGGGAUUCAAUUGUUGCAUUGAACGCGGCUCAAUAUGGAGGCGGCGAACAUUGCGGGCAAACGAUCACCAUCACUGUUAAUGGCAAAUCGAAACAGGCCACGAUCGAGGAUAAGUGCCCUGGUUGCCCAUUUGGCGCAUUAGACUUAACGCCUAGCCUCUUCUCGUUCUUUGCUCCGCUUGACCAGGGUACGUUAUACGGUUCCUGGGCGUUUGGAAAUGGAGACCCGUCCCCUUCUCCGUCACCUACGUCAACGAAGCACAGGUCAACGUCGAGCACCCCGAGCCCCACGUCGACCAGCUUCUCAAGUACAUCUACUUCAAGCUCCAUUGUAUCGUCUAGCACGUCGAUUAGCAGCACAAGCACAAGCAGUGAAGCUCCUACGCCAACUGUAGAUUCGAGUAGUUUCGUGGACGUGCUCGACUACGGUGUUGUGCAGCUCGGUGGAAUCAUUGCUGGUGCAGCACAGGUGAACCUUCAGACAAGCAACGACUCGUAAUAAGUUAUCCGGAGUUUUCUCGUUCCCGAUGUCGGUGUUUCUUCCGUCUUGAAAUUCGGAUCCGAGUCCGCUUGUCAAGGGUUGGAAGGGAGACAAUCAAUCAAACGUUACAUCGACUACAAUUAUUUGGACAUAACUGUCUAAUAUCAGUCAUACUUGCUAUUGCACCUUUGAUUUGUUUUGGAACCUCACUUUUGGCAUCCUCUUUCUUCUGGCUAAAUCACCAUAUUUUUGUGUUGUUGUGUCGUGGCAUUGCAUCGAUUUGUCCCGUAAUGUGAACUCUUUCUCCUGGUUGCUUUGUGGUUGCUUACCCCGCUCUUGCCGUAACUUGCUUCUAGCAAGUGUUUGUUUGUUACUUCUCUGAAGUAGUCCUGUCUUUACUUGCACUCCCCCUUGCAUAACAAUGGUACGGUUUGUUUCUCGACAGAGGCAUUCUUUCUUACUACCCAUCCAUACAAGCUCUCAAUCCCAAAUGUUGUUGUUAUAGUACCUUACAGUAAAGAAACUUAGUAGAAAAACGUUAUUUUGG